UUGUCAGCACUGAAAUGUUUAUAAAUCAUAGAUUUUUGCCAAGCACCGAAAACAGCAACUGUUUGUAAAACAGCAUUAAUUAUUUAUUAAAUUUAUUGCAAAUUACUAGAAAAUGGCAGCAAAAGUAGCGAGCGGCACGAACAAGGUGUUCCAGAACCACGAUGAUGUGCACAUAUCCUUCGAGGACCAGCAGCGGAUCAACCGCUUCGCCAAGCACAACGCCCGCAUGGAUGACUUCAAGGCCGAGCUGGAAAUGAAGCGCAACGAGCUGAAGUGCGUGGAGGAGGCUCUGGAGGAGAUCGAGCUGUUCGACGAGGACGAGGACAUACCAUUCCUCGUGGGCGAGGUCUUCCUCUCGCACAAGCUGGGGAAAACCCAAGACCUGCUGAAGGAGACCAAGGAUCAGGUGCUCAAGGAAAUCGCGGGCGUGGAGGCCAAGGCCAAGGUGAUCAAGGCGGAAAUGGACGAGCUGAAGGCCCAUCUGUACCAGCGUUUCGGUAGCAACAUCUCACUGGAAAGUGACGACUAAUUCAUUGUGCAUUUAACAUUUUAAAAAAUAGAGUUACAUUUAAUUUAAACUCGCCUAAAAA